AUGGACGAUUUACAAAAUUUAGAAUAUCUCUCGCUGGUAUCAAAAGUUUGUACGGAACUGGAUAAUCAUUUGGGUAUUAAUGAUAAAGAUUUAGCUGAAUUUAUAAUACGUAUGGCUCAAUCUAGUGAUUCUUAUGAUUUGUUUAAGAAGAAAUUAGUGGAAAAUGACGCUGGUUUUUCUGAUUCAUUCAGUAGUAAUCUUUAUCAAAUUAUUCAAACAAUGUUACCAACUUCUGAAAAUCAUCAUGAAACAGAAAAUGAACAAUCUCGACAAUUAGUGGAUGUUGCAUUGCGUAAAUCAAUUUGUCGUUUUCCAAGUAGACUUAAUGAUCCAUCAGAGAGAACAAUGCUUGAUGAAGAAAUAAAACAAAAUACUGAAAAUGAAAAAGAUAAUCAAGUUGUUGAUGAUCUUAUGAAUGAAUUAGAAAGUCUUCAAGCUAAUGUUAAAUCUGGUCAAUCAAUAAAACAUGACCAUGAUGAUGAACAUAAGAAAAAGAAAAAACAUCGUCAUCAUCAUUCAUCUGAUUCAAAAUAUGACCGAAAAAACUCUCGUCACAAAAAUCGUAGACAUCGUUGUUCUUCAACCGAUUCUUAUAGUAGUAGUCGUAGUAGUGAUAAUGAUAGUUCAUCAAAAAAAUCUCGACAUUGUGCUCAUAAGGAAUCUUCACCAGGACGAAAACGAUCGUCAUCAAUGCUAGACAAGCCAAUGCCUGGUUCAAUUUAUGAUCGCACAGUCCUGUCAAUAGGCCAACAUGAACGUUUUUCUGAUGAUGACGAUUUAGAAAUUGAAUUAGUUGAAGAAGCAGCACCAUUUCUUAAAGAUUAUGGUAAACAAAGUUUACAAGAUUUAUAUUCAAUAAAAAUUGUUAAAAAUCCUGACGGUUCAUUGCAAAAAGCAGCUAUGAUACAAAAUGCUUUAUUAAAAGAAUGUCGAGAAAUAAAACAACGUAGUGAAACAUUUCGUCCUACUGAAGCAAAUAAUGAUGACCCAAUGAAUUCAAAUAAUUCAACAUCCCGUUCUUUAACAUCAUCAGAAAUUAAUGCAAAACCAUCAGCUAAUUUAUCAAUAUGGAAAGAAUCUUUCAUGAAUAAUAAAACAACAUUUGAUAGACAAACAACAAUGAGUAUUAUUAAACAACGACAAAGUUUACCAAUUUAUAAAUUAAAAGAACAAUUACUUAAAGCUGUUCAUGAUAAUCAAAUACUGAUUGUUAUUGGUGAAACUGGUGCAGGUAAAACAACACAAAUAACACAAUAUUUAGCUGAAGUAGGUUAUGCAUCACGUGGUCGUAUUGUAUGUACACAACCACGCCGUGUUGCUGCUAUGUCAGUUGCAAAACGUGUUGCUGAAGAAUUUGGUUGUCGUCUUGGACAAGAAAUUGGUUAUACAAUUCGAUUUGAAAAUUGUACAUCACCUGAAACUAAAAUCAAAUAUGUGACUGAUGGCAUGUUAUUACGUGAAUGUUUAAUUGAUCCAGAUAUGAAUCAAUAUUCUGUAGUUAUCCUGGAUGAAGCACAUGAGCGUACUAUUCAUACGGAUGUUCUUUUUGGAUUAAUGAAACAAGCUGUUCAAAAACGUUCUGAAUUGAAAUUAAUUGUUACCUCUGCCACAUUGGAUUCAAUAAAAUUUUCUGACUAUUUUUUUAAAACACCAAUUUUUACAAUCCCAGGUCGAACAUUUCCUGUUGAAGUACUUUAUAGAAAAGAACCUGAAACUGAUUAUCUUGAUGCAUCACUUAUUACUGUAAUGCAAAUUCAUUUAAAUGAACCACCUGGUGAUAUUUUGGUAUUCUUAACUGGUCAAGAAGAAAUUGAUACUGCAUGUAAAAUUUUAUAUGAACGAAUAAAAAAAUUAGACUCUGAAGUUCCAGAAUUAAUUAUAUUACCAGUAUAUUCAGCAUUACUUAGUGAAGUGCAAACAAAAAUUUUUGAUCCAGCACCUCCAGGUUCACGAAAAGUUAUUAUUGCAACAAAUAUUGCUGAAACAUCAUUAACAAUUGAUGGUAUUUAUUAUGUUGUUGAUCCAGGAUUUGUGAAACAAAAAGUCUUCAAUCCUAAAUCAAACAUGGAUAAUCUUGUUGUAACACCAAUUAGUCAAGCUCAAGCAAAACAACGUAUGGGUCGUGCAGGUCGAACAGGUCCAGGAAAAGUUUUUCGUUUAUAUACUGAACGAGCAUAUCAUGAUGAAAUGCUUGCAACUAAUGUACCUGAAAUUCAACGAACAAAUUUAGCUAGUACAGUUUUAAUUUUAAAAGCUAUGGGUAUCAAUGAUUUAUUAUCAUUUGAUUUUAUGGAUCCACCACCAUUAGAAACAAUGAUUGUGGCUAUGGAACAAUUACAUGCAUUGAAUGCAUUAGAUAAUGAUGGUCUUUUAACUGAACUUGGUCGUCGUAUGGCUGAAUUUCCACUUGAACCGCAACUAUCGAAAAUGUUAAUUAUGUCUGUUGAAUUACAUUGUGCUGAAGAAGCAUUAACUAUUGUUUCAAUGCUUUCUGUUGAAAAUGUUUUUUAUCGUCCAAAAGAAAAAGCUGAACAAGCUGAUCAAUGUAAAGCUCGUUUUCAUCAAGUUGAAGGUGAUCAUUUAACACUACUUGCUGUUUAUAAUGCUUGGAAACAAAAUAAAUUUUCAAAUUUAUGGUGUUAUGAAAAUUUUGUACAACAACGUUCACUUAAACGUGCACAAGAUAUUCGAAAACAAAUAUUAGGAAUUAUGAAUCGACACAAAUUGGAUAUUUUAUCAUGUGGAAGACAAACUGGACUUGUUCAAAAAGCAAUUUGUUCUGGUUUCUUUCGAAAUGCAGCAAAACGUGAUCCAAAAGAAGGUUAUCGAACAUUAGUUGAUAGUCAAGUAGUUUAUAUUCAUCCAUCAAGUUCAAUUUAUCAUCAACAACCAGAAUGGCUUUGUUAUCAUGAACUUGUAUUCACAACAAAAGAAUAUAUGCGUGAAAUUUGUGUUAUUAAUCCUAAAUGGCUUGUUGAGUCUGCACCGAAAUUUUUUAAAAUUGGAGAUUCGAUAAGAUUAUCCAAAAUGAAAAAAGAACAACACAUCCAACCAUUAUACAACAAAUCCGAAGAACCAAAUUCAUGA